UGCAGUUGUUAGACUAUGUCACCUGUUAUGUUAUUUCCUUUACGCUUAGCGACAGGUGUAACCCAUUGUUUCAUGAUCGAACGCGUUAUUCCAUAUUUUAUUUUAAAGAUGCUCAAGUGGACAGUCUCGAGAUCAUUGUCAGCGAGUAGCUCGACGCCCCAUGCUUCGGCCCACACUUCAGCCCAUACUUUAAACGAACCAGCCCGUAGGCCUUUUCGAGAUCUGUCGAAUACGCCACCGGCCGUCGGUAUUCUAAACAGGCACGUAAAUUCAUCGAACCUACAAAAUGCUUCGAUCAAACCUACACCAGUUCGUCGUAGACGAUGUCGUAGUCAUGCCAGUGACUUGAGGACCUAUUUUCAAGCUACGAAAACCAAUGUGAGGACAGGCAAACGGCAAUCGCUCUCUCAACGAUUGGAAAGAUCACCCAAGUUGGAGAACUUUUAUCAAGGUACCCCGCGAGUUGACGCGGACAUUGGACCAUUGACCUUUUUCCCAAGUGGAUUGAAACGUUCGACAGCUUUAACUUUACCAACGGAUCCAACUUUGUUCUUAAAAAAUCGAUCUAACAAACGAUCGUUUGCAAUCGAUCAAAGCAACACUGAGCUACCGCAAAAUAUGGUCAAUGAAGCGCGUGUUAAUUUACAAUCCCACGUAUCGGACUUUUUUCAUCAGAUUUCAAUGGCCACUAGUCCCGAAGAUGUGAUGGAAGUUGAAUCAGUGCCAUUAGAUAAAUCUCGAACGUAUACCCAAAAUAAUAACUUUAGAAUCAAAUUGGAAGAAGCUAAUCGUAAAAAGGGACAUUUUCAAUCGAAACUGUCUAAAAUUUCAAAGAUCAAUCCUCGAAACAGAACUCCGUAUUACAAGAAAGUCGUUGAAGUCGCUAGUCCUUUGAAGCAAACUCCGCUUGCCGGGAAACUCUCAAAUUUAGUUCUAGAUCAAGAUUUACCUAAAUUUGAAAAUAUGGAUAAUACGGUUACGGAAGUUUUAAACAGAGAAAAGGAAACGAAUUUCGGAGGGAAAACCGUUGCGGAGAUUCUUUUCAACGACAUCGAGGAAAGAAACAAGAUACUCGAAACUCGUUGUACGAUUACUACGGAGGAGGAAGAGGAAGAGGAAGAGGAACAGGAAGAGGAAGAAGAGGAUCAUACGUAUGAAACGAUCGUUCAAUGCCACGGAGAAGAAGACGAGAACAAAGACGAGAGUGAUGGUUCAAUAUCCUCGGCGAGUCAGCUUUUGGAGGAUCCUUCGCCCAUAUCUUGGUCUUUUACGUCGCCAACCGAGAACGAAUUCAACGGAGAGUUCACUUUGAAAAGACAACGUGGUAUACGUAGAAAGCGUCAGCAACGGAGGAAAGAGAAGAGCGUUUUCGAGGGUAAAAGACCGAAAAGAAUGAUUAAUUCGACUUCCGAGCAAGUAUCGACAAAGAUAGAAAAUGACGAUACUGUUAGAAUAGAAGCAAUCAAUCCUAAUGUAAAGAAAUUAACUCUCGAGACAGACUUGGACUCAAUUUUGGAGGACAAACAACACGUCGAAGAGUUUUCGAACGCGUCAGUCUUUUUUUCAAAUACAUUGGACGAUCGUUCGGGAAAUAAUGUAAAAAACAAUAUGUGGGAAUUUGAAAGUCCUAAAUCAGCUUUGACGGAGGACAAUCAUAGUUCAAACUCAAUUUUAAAGCCGACCUCUAAUAAUACUCCAGAGGUUCCGUUAGUCGCAACCGUUCGAAGAUGCUUGAAAUAUAGUCCGGAAAGUGAGCCAUCUAAAUCCGAUAUCGAUCGUCGUGGAUCCAUCGAGAUCGAAUAUUCGUUUGUUGCCGAUCAUAUACAAGUUAGAGUGAUAAGGUGCAAGGACCUUCGAAGAACCUACGAGGGACCUAUUCACGCCUACGUCAAGGUCAGCUUAAAAAAUAUCAACGGCGAGGGAGUCGUCAAGAGAACUGCAGUUCACAGAGCCACACCAAAUCCCGCCUUUAACGAGACCUUGCUAUUGCCCUGCUCGGUUAAUCAGUUCAUUAGCAAGUCUACAUCCCUGGAUAUCGCGGUCUGGCACAGAGAUCGUCGAGCAAGACGUAGCGAACUGCUGGGCUGUAUGACUUUACCUCUACCUCUGUCUCAGGAUAAGGAAGCAACAUGGCACCCGCUCGAAUCUGGAUCCAGCCGAAAUACAAGUACCCCUUAUGCAGGAGUACCACAAGAAUGUGGAGUCUCGCCACCUUUAUCCAAAGAUGGAGAAUCAGAUAACAACAAUUCCGGAAACGAUGAUUUGACGUAUUUGAGGCAUCUCGAACUAGAACCAGUUGAUCCUCUGACCGGCUUACCUCUACAUCCAGGUUUUACCGCGAAAGGUGGUAGGACGCCUUGUACUGUAACUAGAAGACUGAUUAGACAAAGUGCCGUGAAUCAGGUGCCAUGGGGUUUCUCGUUAUCCUGGGGCAGACCGCCGCGCGUGGAGCGCGUAGAUUCGGCAAGUCCUGCCGAAAGAUCCGGUUUAAAGCCAGGCGAUUACGUGGUCUUCAUCGAAACGGUGAACGUCGUUACGAAACCAAGGGACGAAAUAUUGAGUUUGAUCCAGGCGGCAACGAAUCAACUCGUUCUCGAGGUUUAUCGCAAGGGAGGCAUUCAUUCCUCGCAGCACAGGCCCAGCUCGAUGAAUGUUACUCUUCAACAAACCAUCGGUCCCACUAGUCAGCACGCUGUCGCGUUCAACGCCGAGGUUUUUCCGAAUCUUGCUCCGGACGCACCACCGGAGGAAGAGUUAUCGGUACGAGAGACGAGAUACCGGGGGAUUCUGAAGAGCGGUCACACGAGAUUCAUGACACCGCUGGCCGAAAGGCGUGACCUUCUCUCCGCGGCGGACUACAUGAUCCUCUUUCAAAAUCUAGACGAGUUGCUUAAGAUAUCCGAGGAGAUUAGAGACGAAGGUGGCGGGGUCGAUUGCUAUCUCUGCAGGAUACCCAAGAUUACGGCCGCCUACAGGCGAUACCUCAGUGGAUUGCAAUGGGCUUGUUACUUACUCAUUGCGCUCAGACGUAAUGCGGCCUUUGCAAAGUUGGUCUGUGAACCUGCCGUACCUCAUAAAAGGCGGCCCGACCUCACUGGAAUCCUCUUGCUCCCAUUAGAGCACUACAGAGAAAUGACGAGAUUAUUGAGCUUGGCGUCGCCAAGGAAUUGCCAACAAGCUCGAGAUUUGGCACAAGGUUACCGAGAAGCUACCGCCAAUGCGGGCGUGAUGGAACCACCACGAGACACCGGAAGACCAUUACUUAGUUUACAGGAAGUCGAGUCGCGGUUGGUUUUUGCUAAAUGCAAACCGUUCACUUUAGCUAUGCCAGGAAGGCAAUGGCUUUUUGGCGGUGCCUUAGCUAAGGUCGAAGGUCGUGCUCGUUUGCAACCAUCCUGGGCGCUCCUUCUUACCGAUUUAUUGGUCUUUGCUCGCGUUUCAAGGGAUCGCGUCCUUUUCGUUACCGAGGAACCAUUGCGACUGGCCAAUAUUGCGGAGGCGUGUUUUACCAUCAGAAAGAGGCCAACGGAAUUCAGAUUACAGGUGGCAAUUAAUUCGAAUGGCAGUUCUGAGAACGGUCAAACAGAAGUGACCAACAGCGGAGGUUGUAGUCCUCACAGUCGUCCUCGAAGACGAGUCAUCAUAUUGAGAGCGCCCAGUCCAGAGCUCAAAGCUGUUUGGCAUAACUUGUUGCAACGGCAAAUAAUCUAUCUAAAUACAGGCUAUGGUGGAACGUCGAGCGUUGGCAGUCCCGAAGAAAGUCCGAUUACCAGCACCAACUUUACUCAAGUUCGAGAAACGAUCGAAAGUCCGCGGAUUUUACGGGACUCGCAUAAGCGCAAGGAAGAAAAGGAAUGUCGUUCGAGCGAAAGUCUGGUAGAUAUUUUGAAAAAUACGCGAGAGGACAAUCACUUAGCCCAAUGGGUGCGCAAUUCUCAUCAAAUACCGCCAUCCGAUAAUGAAGGCUCUCUCGAGGAAUGGACUGCCGAAGAGUUAGCCGCAAGGGCACCUGGAGAAAAUAAAGAAAGGCCCGUUGAAGAAAUUACGGAAACUACGGAAGAGAUUGUAACUGCUAAUUCGGACGUAGAGCAACAGAGCACAGCCUCGAGUGCCAGUUUAAGUACGGUCAAAUCCAACAGCAUUACGGCGAGAAAAAAUGGCAGCUACAUAUCUUCGAAAGACAAUUCUACGAGUUCUAUCAGCAUCUGUAGACGAUGUCAUAGGUCUGGCUGCCCUACACCACCACUUCCGAGGGAUCCCUUCUCUCCGUUACCUCCCAAAAUAUCUGUUAUGCCACCUACGCCAGAUAUUUAUACAGCGAGAUAUAGAUUAAGAAACGGCCUACACGAUAGUCCAGGACGUAACAGUCCGAAUUACGUUUCUGCCGAUGGUAAUACGGAAGAUGGAAGCGAAGAUGAUCUCGAUUGCGACGGGGAACCACCUUACAGAACCUUGAGAAGAUUUGGUACAAUGAGUAGUUUGGACCAAGACGACGAGUUGGACGAGCAAGGAGACGAUGAAAAUCGUGAAACAGAAUCACCACCUUCAGGUUUGAGAGCUUGGACAGCAAGAGCUAGUAAUUAUGUUGUUAGCAAAAUGGUUCUUUUGGAGCAAUUUAGCGAGGGAGUCGGUGGUUACCUUCUACAACCGCCGGUCCCUCCAGAAAGGACAGAAUUUUCUCUUGAUCCUAACGACGAAGAGGGUACUACAUCAGGUGCAACCUCAGGAGAUGACAUUUGGGGUACCCCAACCUCCGGUGGUCCAGAUGAUGAGAGCUUUACAACACAUUCGCCGCCGCCGCAGCCACCACCACCGCCUCCGCCACCGCCACCUUCAUCACAUGGGACCGACAAUUUGACUGCUUCCGGUGAAGACAAUUAUGGUCUGAAUUUAUCGACGGAGGAUGAUCACGAUCAAGAAUCCGAUAACGAGGAUUGCGGCCUGCCCGAGUUAAGUAUGGAUCAAUUACUCGGUGGAGGUAGCCUCGGUUCGCUUCGUUGCUUCUUAAGCAGAAGAAGACUCGAACCUUUACUCGAAGAGGAGGAUUCGCCUGGAAGUGGAAAACAUCAAGUUGGAUGGUGGUGACAGAGGUUGCAAUCGACUACGUUGAAAAACGUCAGCUCGAGUUCCGAUGCAACCGAGAGGGAUCGUAUUUUUGCGAAAUUGAACCAAGAAGACGAAGAGUUUCGACGAAAAAUUGUAGAUCUUCAUAGAAAACUCUCCGACGUUGACGAAGGAUCGAAGUUAGAAUUAACGUCGCCGGACUCUUUGAAGAAUGUCAAAGAGGAACAUCGUUUGAAAGAAUUGGAAUCGGUCGCGCUGAGAGCCGAAGAGUCUAGCAAUAGAAAUGCCGAAAAAAUUAGUUUCGAAAGAUUGCAAAAGGAAGCUUACGCCGCGAUCGCGAUGGGUGCGGUUGAAUCAACCGACGAUAACAGGCGCAGAUAUAGACAAUUAGAUGCGCAACAUGAUCGUAGAAAACAAUUAGAGUUUAUGAUUAAAAAAAGCAAAAGCAACAAGCUACUAGAAGAAUCCUAUAGUCAGAACAACGGUGGUAAUACUAUAGCGACGUCGGAAAGUAAUUUCUUAAAUCGUUUGAGAAUUAAACGACGUAGUUUGAAAUUAUUGAGCUUCCUUAGCGGCAAAACGUACGAACGGUCGCAAGAAGAACGAGCAGGAAAAUUCUUAAAGAUGUAUAUGCCUGAAAAAGCUACCAAUCCGCAGAAUACAAUCUGCAUCCAUCAUACGUCCAGAGACAGGCGAUUUUGGAAGCUUCGAAGUCGUAGGCGAUCAAGUUCGACCUAAAUUUCAAAUAAGACAAGUCGAAUGAAACCGAACGAGAGAUUAUUGUCUCUAUAUCUUUUACUAGGACUUCCAAAAAUGAUAAUAUGUUAUUAGAAUUUUUUCAAAUCUACUUACUAUAUCAACAGUUGUUUUCCUAGAGCUUAGUAUACUAAUAGGAUAUCGAGUUUGCGAUUUCAGCAUAGAUACUUGUUAGCAUUCCAGAUAGAUAAGCAAUUUUCAAGCGCACCACUUGCGCACGAUCUACGAGUCUCGUUCUCGUAUUUUGCCGUUAUUACUAUGCUUAUUAUUUAUGCACCCGUGUAUAUGCAUCUUUUUCCGGAAGAUGCGAUGUAGGCCUAGCAAAAUAAUUUUUAUUUCUCUUUCAAUCUAUAAGACGACACCAUUAACCAUUUUAUUCACAUCGACAAACUUAGAUUUUUCCAAUGUCUUUUUUCCUUCUUCUACUUUCUUUUCUUUUAUUAUUCUUCAUUUUUAACGUAGACAUUAAAUAAUCUAAUAUCGCUGAGUAUAGGACCGCACGACUGAUCUAAAGCGGCACGCAUCCUUUACUUCUAUCGGGUCCUAUCGUACCGUUUACAAACAAACUACAAGUUUGACAAAAUUUCAACAUUAUGGUUAGUAGGAUAUAAAUUGUAAGUUAAAUUGUAACAAAUCGUUGCACGACCAUUAAUGGUACACGAAUAAAUAAUAUAUUAUUUG